AUGAGUGCUUGGUGCUACGUCGUGAUCAUGGUGUCUACGAUUAGUACCGAUGCUCUAAUCAGAACGCCUCAACAAACAGAAGAAAAUGAAUUAUAUGAUCGCCAAUACUGGUAUUCCCAAGCAGAACAAACUCUUCAGAAGCGAUUACAAUAUUCUACAGAAAAGAAGCCAAUUGCGAAAAACAUCAUUCUGGCUGUCGGUGACGGUAUGAGCUUAACGACAACGACUGCAGCAAGAAUUUUAAAAGGGCAACGAAAAGGAUUGUCUGGAGAAGAUACAGAUUUGGUCUGGGAUACAUUUCCGGCCGUUGCCCUAGCUAAGACAUAUAAUAUUGAUGCACAAACCGGAGAAUCAUCGGCGUGUGCCACAGCUCUGCUUUGUGGAGUGAAGGCUCGAUAUGAAACAUUAGGCCUCGAUGCAGGAGGAAGGUUUAAUAAUUGCGCGUCUGCUAUUAAUUCAAAAGUUACAUCACUUAUUGACUGGGUGCAUGGUGCAGGUAAAUCGAGUGGUAUCGUUACAACGGCCAGAGUAACUCACGCAACACCUGCAGCUUUGUAUGCUCACACACCAUCCCGUUACUGGGAAGAUGACAGCCGUGUUCCGCCAACCGUGCGGAGAGAUUGUAAGGACAUCGCCCUACAACUUGUCGAAAAUGAACCUGGAAGAAAUAUUAACGUGAUAAUGGGAGGUGGAAGAAGACAUUUUUUACCAACAAUAACCCCAGAUCCUGAACACCAGAAUCGGGAAGGAAGGCGCCUUGAUGGUCGGAACUUGGCUGAAGAUUGGGUUAGGGAAAAGAAAAAGAGGCGAAUGCGGGCAAAGUAUAUUUACAACAGAGAACAGUUGGCGAAAGUGGACUUUCGAAAUAUCGAUUAUUUAUUAGGUCUAUUUGAAUAUUCCCAUAUGGAGUUUAAUGUUGAACGUGGAGGAAAAGUUGAAUCGGUUCAUAGGACAACAAAAAGUACUUUAAAAGCGGAAGAUGAUCCCUCGCUUGCAGAUAUGACUAGGUCAGCCUUGUCCAUAUUAACCAAAAACGAAAAGGGAUUUUUCUUGCUAAUUGAAGGGGGUAGGAUCGACCACGCCCAUCACUACAACAAUCCGUAUCGAGCGCUUGACGAGACUUUAGAGAUGGAAACUGCUCUCUUGGCUGCGUUAGAACGAGUGAAUCCCGCAGAGACUUUGGUCGUUGUAACAGCUGAUCAUGGUCAUGUUAUGACGUUCGGAGGCCAAGCUACUCCAAGAGGUCAUCCUGUACUAGGGUCAGAUGCAGAAGUAUCGGAUAUUGAUGGCCUACAUUACACCACGCUUCUAUACGGUACGGGACCUGGUCAUUCGGAGCCGCGGUCAGUACCAACAAAUAACACAUAUUCAGCACCUGUCGACGCAGUUCAUGCUGCUGCUGUUCCCAGACAAUGGGCUACGCAUGGUGGAGAAGAUGUACCUGUAUACGCUUUAGGACCUAUGGCAACUAUUUUGUUUACGGGUGUGGUGGAGCAAAGUUACAUUCCUCAUGCAAUUGCAUACGCUGCUUGUCUUGCACAUCAAUCACAACGAUGUAUAAAUAUCAACGCAACGGAAACUCAGAGAAAAACAAAGAGCUGUACUACACCAGAUUUUAGUAGUGUAUCAACGGCGGAAGAAACGAGGAUUGAUGGGACAAGAAGUCGAAAUAUAGUAGUCGCUUCGAGUGUCAAAUCCGACGAACGUUUAAAUCGAUCCGCUGGCCAGUGUCACACACCUUUUGUAUCAAUAUUUUAUUGCUUGUACGUGUCUUGCCUAUAUCAAAUGAUACGAUUCAAGCAAUAUAUUCCA